AUGUCUCUCUACAGCCCGUCACGCCGGAAAAACAGGCAGCAGAAGUCAUCCAAGAAGUCUUCAAGGCCCAGAAACCCUCAUUUCAUCAUGCGCAGAUGUAGACUCUGCGCUAUGAAGCACACCUGGAUAGUUCCCCUAGUUCUCUUGCUUGCUAUGCUCUUCCUAUAUGUCAUCAACCCAACAGAGUCCAACAUAAUGUCUCAUCUCAUCUUCCUCUCCUACAAGGUUUCUCUCGAGGCUGAUGCCCGUCCCGGCAGGCCUGUACAAUAUGGCAAGGGCCCCUGGGACUUCGCAUUCGUCUUCUUUUACACCAUUGUCCUGUCAUUCACGCGCGAGCUCAUCAUGCAAGAGCUUCUACGUCCUUUGGCCCUUCACUAUGGGAUCAAGUCACGCAAUAGACAGGCACGCUUUAUGGAGCAAAUGUAUACGGCAAUGUACUUCUCGGUUCUUGGGCUGGCUGGAUUAUAUGUCAUGAGUCGGACACCAGUAUGGUACUUCAACACCCGUGGCAUGUAUGAAUCUUUCCCGCACAAGACCCACGAAGCGGUCUUCAAGUUUUACUACCUCUUUCAGGCUGCAUACUGGGUCCAACAAGCCUUGGUGCUGUUACUGGCUAUGGAGAAGCCAAGAAAAGACGUUAAGGAACUCGUGGGGCAUCAUAUCGUCACUAUAGCACUUAUUAGUCUAAGCUACAAGUGUCAUUUCACGUACAUGGGUAUUGCCAUCUAUUUGUCCCAUGAUAUCAGUGACUUCUUCCUUGCCACAUCCAAAUCCCUCAACUAUGUCGACAGCCCCUUGCAAGGACCAUAUUUUGGUAUCUGUAUAUCUGCAUGGAUAUAUCUGCGUCAUUAUCUGAGUCUGCGUAUCAUUCUCUCGCUUUUCAACGAGUUCAAAACUAUUGGACCCUAUAAACUUGACUGGGAAGCAGAACAGUUCAAAUCUCCACUCUCUAACGUUAUUGCCCUCGUUCUGUUAUCCGCGCUCCAGGCUCUGAACCUCUUUUGGCUCUUCUGCCUUCUUCGGAGUGCGUACCGGUUGGUUGUGUAUCGAAUCGCGAAAGAUGAUAGAUCUGAGGUUGAGGAGUCGGAGCUUGAGGAGCCUUCAUUAAAGAGGUUUGGAUUAGCCAACGGAAGUGUGAAUGGGCUCGUCAAAGCGACCAGGAACGACACUAUGGUACCACGGCCUACAAAAAGGGCAGACGCUCUUCAAAGAACAAGGUUUCUCGGACAUUAG